AUCCAAGCGGGAGAGCUGUGGGAAAGAGUGCACCCGGGAGUUUGUCCGCCUCCACCGAAGCAGCCCUUGUUCUAAACUCGGGUUGGACUCGGUCUCGGUCUGUUUGUGCGCGGAGCUCUGUGGCCAGAGAGAGAGAGAGAGAGAGAGAGAGAGAGAGAGAGAGCGAAUGAGGAAGAACUCUCAGUGCACCUUUUUGUCCUCCGAUAUGCAGAUUUGCUGAUAAAGCAUCAGUUAUCUGAUCAUCUCAUACAGGUCGUGGAAAACUGCCAGUGUAUGGGAAUCUUUAACUAUUUUUUCUUCACAUGGGUAUCUCUCCUUGAUCUCCUAUCUAACCCAAAACGAAUGUGAGCUGUAAUAGGCUACUUACUACUGACAGCUCUUGCGGCUCUCUAUUGGCAUUUUUACGUCUAGCCUAGGCUACAACAACUACUAUUGCUGACUUAUUCUGCCUGUGGAUCUUGCCGUUGCGUCUUAGAAAAGGUUUAGGAAGCAGAGGAAGUGAACCACUCCAGAAUCAUGGGACACUUUCAGAUCUUCCACAUUCUCUCCCUUGGCCUUCGGUUCGUGGCUGUUGUAGCGAUCCUGUUCCUCAAAUUCCAACAUGUGACGGCUAUGUCCUCGGACGUGGACUUGGAUCAGAUUGUGUCUCCUACUGCCAGCAGCAACGUUACUGUGUGCACUACAGCAGGCACAGCAUGCGAAAAAGGGGUGAUUCUGCCUGUCUGGGAACCUCAGAAUCCCUCAUUCGGGGACAAAGUGGCACGGGCAACAGUCUACUUCGUGGCCCUGGUGUACAUGUUUCUCGGAGUAUCCAUCAUCGCUGACCGUUUCAUGGCGUCCAUCGAGGUCAUCACAUCUCAGGAGAAAGAGAUCACUAUCAAGAGACCCAACGGAGAGACCACCACCACCACCGUGCGGAUCUGGAACGAGACCGUGUCCAACCUCACGCUCAUGGCCCUGGGUUCUAGUGCCCCUGAGAUCCUACUGUCCGUCAUUGAGGUUUGCGGACACGGUUUUGAUGCGGGAGCCUUGGGCCCCAGCACCAUCGUGGGCAGUGCCGCCUUCAACAUGUUUGUCAUCAUCGGCAUCUGUGUGUACGUGGUGCCCGACGGGGAGGUCCGGAAGGUCAAGCACCUGCGCGUCUUCUUCGUCACAGCCACCUGGAGCAUCUUCGCCUACAUCUGGCUCUACCUGAUCCUGGCUGUCAUCUCCCCUGGCAUAGUGCAGGUAUGGGAGGGCCUGCUCACCCUCUUCUUCUUCCCCAUCUGCGUGUUGUUCGCCUGGGUCGCUGACCGACGCCUGCUCUUCUACAAGUACGUCUACAAGCGCUACCGUACCGGCAAGCAGCGGGGCAUGAUCAUUGAGACCGAGGGCGACCGCCCGCUCCCGUCCAAAGUCGACAUCGAGAUGGAUGGGAAGAUGCUCAACUCUCACGCGGCGGACUUCCUGGACGGGCCUCUGGGGUUGGACCUGAACGUGAAGGACCUGGAUGAGGAGGAGACCCGGCGCGACAUGGCCAAGAUCCUCAAGGAGCUGAAGCAGAAGCACCCAGACAAGGAGGUGGAGCAGCUGAUUGAACUGGCCAACUACCAGGUAUUGAGUUCGCAGCAGAAGAGCAGGGCCUUCUACCGCUGCCAGGCCACCAGGCUCAUGACCGGCGCUGGGAACAUCCUGAAGAAGCAUGCAGCCGACCAGGCCCGCAAGGCCAUCAGCUUGCACGAGGUCCGCUCCGAUGUGGCAGAUAACGACCCCGUCUCCAAGAUCUACUUUGACCCUGGCUCCUACCAGUGCCUGGAGAACUGCGGCACAGUGGCAGUGAACGUGCUACGCCGAGGCGGCGACCUGACCAAGACUGUGUCGGUUGAUUUCCGUACGGAGGAUGGAUCAGCCAACGCGGGCUCGGACUACGAGUUUACCGAGGGGGUGGUGGUGUUCAAGCCCGGCGAGACCCAGAAAGAGAUCCGCGUGGGUAUUAUCGAUGAUGACAUCUUUGAGGAGGACGAGAACUUCCUGAUCCAUCUGAGCAACGUCAAAGUGCUGCUGGCAGAGGGGGAGGAGGUAGAGAACCCAGAGACAAAUCACGUGGAGGCGGUGGCCUGUCUCGGCCUGCCCGCUACGGCAACCGUGACCAUCUUUGAUGACGACCACGCCGGCAUCUUCACGUUCGAGGAGCCGGUGGCGCACGUGAGUGAGAGUGUGGGCACCAUGGAGGUGAAGGUGCUGCGUACAUCGGGGGCACGUGGGGUCGUCAUGGUGCCCUACAAGACUGUCGAGGGCACGGCACGCGGAUGUGGAGAGGACUUUGAAGAUACACACGGGGUCUUGGAGUUCCAGAACGAUGAAAUCUUCAAAUUUAUAAAGGUCAGAAUAAUUGACGACGAAGAGUAUGAGAAAAACAAGACCUUCUACGUGGAGAUCGGAGAGCCUCGCCUGAUGGAGACCAAUGACAGUAAAGCUACAGAGGUGGCUGUGAAGGAGGUGGAAGAGGUGGUGCAGCUAACAGGAGUGGAUGAUGAGGAGCAACGCAUCGCUGAUAUGGGUCGACCCACGCUUGGGGACCACGUCAAACUUGAAAUCAUCAUCGAGGAAUCCUAUGAGUUUAAGAACACUGUGGACAAGCUGAUUAAGAAGACUAACCUGGCCCUGCUGGUGGGGACUAACAGCUGGAGAGACCAGUUCAUCGAGGCCAUCACCGUCAGCGCCGGUGAGGAUGACGAGGAUGAAGAGUGCGGUGAGGAGAAACUGCCGUCCUGCUUCGACUACGUCAUGCACUUCCUCACCGUCUUCUGGAAGGUUCUGUUUGCGUUCGUGCCCCCGACAGACUACUGGAACGGCUGGGCCUGCUUCGUGGUGUCCAUCUGUAUGAUCGGCCUGCUCACAGCCUUCAUCGGGGACCUGGCCUCCCACUUCGGCUGCACCGUGGGCCUCAAGGACUCUGUCACCGCCGUGGUGUUCGUGGCCCUGGGGACCUCUGUGCCAGACACCUUUGCCAGUAAGGUCGCAGCCAUCCAGGACCAGUAUGCUGAUGCAUCCAUCGGCAACGUGACGGGCAGCAACGCGGUCAACGUGUUCCUGGGCAUCGGCGUUGCCUGGUCCAUCGCCGCCAUCUACCACAACUCCAAGGGCAACGACUUCAAGGUAGACCCGGGGAGCCUGGCCUUCUCCGUCACCCUCUUCACCAUCUUCGCAUUCAUCUGCGUGGGAGUGCUGAUGUACCGGCGGCGACCUUCGAUCGGCGGCGAGCUGGGGGGUCCGCGGACUCCCAAGAUACUGACCACCAUGCUGUUUGUCAGCCUGUGGCUGCUGUACAUUGUGUUCUCCUCGCUGGAGGUCUACUGCCACUUCAAGGCCUUCUAAACAGCUACAAACUUAAGAAAGCCCUAGAAGAGCUAACCGGAGACAAGAAGGAAGCAACAGCAGCAGUGAAAAAAGUUUUCCUCUUGUCAUUAAUAACCCCGACCCACCCCACCCUUUCUCCCUUUUAAGAAGUGAAAGAUCCCCCCCUAGUGCUUACAGGAUGAGACUGGUUGUUCAGGCGAGGAGCGGCCUGUCAACGUUGGGACAGAGACCUCUCUGAAGUCUGUAGAAUACCAGUGUGUGUGUGUGUGUGUGUGUGUGUGUGUGUGUGUGUGUGUGUGUGUGUGUGUG